UUGCAUAAAUUGAAUGUGCAUGCAGAAAUUAAUAGUUGACGACGCGUCGCGUAAAAGAACGAAAACUAAGUGAAAAAUAUAAACAUAAAAGUGAAAAAGUGAAAAGCAAAAUAACGCGCUGGGCAUUUCAUAAACCACAAUUGGCAAAAAUAAUAAAAAAUAGUGAAAUUAAGCAAAUGUGCGCACUAAUGAAUCGGAACGAUUGGUACGCGUCGAGCCGUCAAACCGUACGGCGCAGCGCACUCCAUGCUCGUGCAAAGUGGUCUUGCAUGCUUAAUAAGCGCGUUCGUUGAUGGCAUGUGUUGGACGCAUGUUGCGCAGCAUAAAACAUGUGGCACUUUCUAGAGUUGGUGUGCAGAUUCUGUGCAUCCCUAUUGCAAACUCAUUACAUCUCAACAGAUCACAGCUUGGCGCUCACAGCUCCACAAUGGCUCCACAUUCGCCAACACACUAUACAUGCCAACAACACACUCCAACGACUGCCAGUGAUCACGACACCAGCGUGAGUUGUAAAGUUUUGCAAAGUGCUGAAUUCAGUCUCGUUUUGACUCUUUCGUUUGUGUGACGUAGUCUCGUUGGCGAUCGGUUGAAACGCGUGCUUUCUUGUCGGUACACAAAUAUUUUUGUUUACACAUUACGAGCCUUUACUAACAUACGAAGUUAAAUUGGUGCGCGAAGAAAAAUAAAUUUAAAUAACAAAUUAUAUGCGAACAAACUAAAACUAUUGAAUAUUUAAAAAUUGUGUGCGAAGUGUGUAGAACUCUUAAAAACAAAUAAUAAUAUACUUAUCGUGACUGCUAUUUUAUACUGUCAAACGGUUCUGUGUCAAUUUGUUAGUGUGAAGUUUGUUGUAACAUUAAAGAGUCGUAGUGGAAACGACUACUCAUAAAACGAGCGGAGUAAAUAAAUUGUAAACUAAAAUUAUAUUAUUUUGUUUUGCUCUGAGCUAUGUGUGGUGAUUUUUCAUUCAUUCGAAACAUUUAAAAAGCAUAAAAGAAGCCGGUCAAUCGGCGCGCCGAACAUUUGCUAAGUUCAUUAGCGUUUCUACACUUUAUUAACUACUUCUACUUAUGAACUUCUAACCGAAUACGAAUUCACGCUUUUUGGCAUGCGGACAAUUAUUUAUUUUAUUAUUUGUUGUUGACGUCUCGAAAGAGUGGCCAUCGCGUGUUUUUCUUGAUUCCGGAUAUUAUAGCAUAACGCGGGUCGUGCAAAUGAAAAAAGUGAUGCAAAAAAUGUUAGAAGCUAUAAUUAAAAUCGCAUAAGAAUUAAUAAUUAUUAAUAAAAAAAAACUUUUCCACAACGAAUGCAAAAAUUGCGGUAAAAAAUAUUAAAAUCUUGCGAACAUUUUCUGCUGAGUUCAUACUGGGAAUUAAAAGUGCAAAACUAAAAAAAAUUUUAAAACUAAAAGUAAAUAAUUUCCUGAACGCACCAACUAAACGAAUAUAUAAAAUAAAACUAUUUUUAAUAACAAAAAUCUUUUUAUAUAUGCUAUAUGUGAGUUUAUAAAAUUGUGUUCAUAUAAAAUGUUUUCGAAGUGCUGCAAUUAUUAUUAAUCAUUAAAGUAUAAAUUAUCGAAGACAAGUAGCUUCAUAGAGGAUUUUUAAAGCAUGCUAAUCCUGAAAUUCCAUAAAAUGUUAAGGCAUUUAUUAACAUUGCUGUUGCUGACAGCUCUGCUCUGUCUGCAACAGUGCGUCAACGCUUACCGCCAUAAGGCGGCCAAUUACGAACUUUUGGACAAUGACUCCCGUUUUAUAUCAUAUCAAGAUUUAAUGUCGACUUCGAAACGUUUCAACGAUCCAAAUACGACUUAUUAUUCGCAAAUGUUAUUUGAUGUGGCGCGAAAUCAAGUUAUCGUCGGUGCACGCGACUCAAUUUAUCGCAUGUCCUUCGAUUUGGAGCCACUGGAACGUGCCGUUUGGGCAGCGCCGCCCGAACAGAUCGGCAUUUGUCAGGUAAAAGGCCAGUCGGAGCGUUUGUGUCGCAACUAUGUGCGCGUACUGCAGAGCUACGGUGAGAAUCAAUUGUACGCGUGUGGGACGAACGCCUUUCAGCCGCAAUGUUCAUGGCGCCAGAUGGAGAACCUUACCAUUGUGGCCUAUGAUAACGGUGUGGGAAAGUGUCCCUUCAAUCCGCAAUCAAGCAUCACGAGUCUAAUGUCCAGCACGGAUAAAAUGUUUGUAGCCACCGCCACAGAUUUCUCGGGUGGUGAUCCGGCGAUUUUGCGCACCGAAGUGCAGCCGAAGAAAAUCUUCGGUUAUCGCCACAUUGUGCGCACGCAACAGUACAACAACAAUUGGCUGAACAAUCCACAUUUUGUGGGCAGCUUUGAGGCGGGCAACUUCGUUUAUUUCCUCUUCCGCGAACCGGCUGUGGAGUAUAGUAGCUGGGGCAAGAUUAUCUACUCGCGCAUUGCCAGAGUUUGCAAAAAUGAUGCUGGUGGCGAUCAAAUUUUGAAGAAUAGUUGGACCUCCUUUGUUAAGGCGCGUUUGAAUUGCUCGCUUCCCGGUGAAUAUCCAUUUUACUUCGAUGAAAUACAGGGCAUGACGUACUCGGCCGAUGAGGAUGUACUAUAUGCGACCUUUGCGACACCAGCCAAUAGCAUACACGGUUCAGCAGUCUGUUCCUACAAUCUCACCUCUAUAAAUGCCGCAUUUGAUGGUCCGUUCCGUUAUCAGGACUCCGCUGAUUCCGAUUGGCGCAUCGUAGACAUGCCACAUCGCAGCCAGUUCCAGUGCGAGACGCCAGCGCCGGACAUGCGCUACAAACGUCUGCUCGAGUCUUCGAAAUUCCAACUGAUGGCGCACGCCGUGCAACCGAUGACCGAACAACCACUGUAUUAUUCCAAAUUGGAACGCUUCAAGCACAUUUCUUUGGACACGCUACAAACGAAAACCGAAAAGGUGCAUGUGCUGUUCGUUUCGACCGAUGACAAACGUAUUAAGAAGCUUUCCGUCAAGCAUCAGCUCGAGGAACGACGCGCGCAAACUUGUCUGAUUGAAGUCUGGCAGUCGGCGGAGUAUAAUGGUGCGGACAGUGAUAUUUUGAAAAUGGAGUACUUGAAAGUUACAGAGUCGCUCUAUCUUGGCACCGAACAGGCACUAAUACGCAUACCGGCACAACGUUGCAGUCGUCAUGUGUCGCAGAGCAGCUGCUUAAACGCUAUGGAUCCUUAUUGCGGUUGGAAUGAGUUGAUUGAGCGUUGCACGCCACAAGAGCUGGUACAACAAUUGAAUAAAUUCUGGCUGCAACCGGACACUUUGCAAUGUCCCAUUUUAAAUGCGCCCAUCGAUGGUGCUUGGUCCACGUGGUCGGAGUGGUACAAUUGCAAGAAGCACGGCGAUGAUGAUGGUAACUGUAUGUGCCGCACGCGUGAAUGCAACAAUCCACAACCACAAAAUGGAGGACGCAGCUGUGAUGGCAUCACCACGGAAGUAACAAACUGCACGGUGCAUGGUGAUUGGACUAACUGGUCGGAAUGGUCUGCAUGCUCACAAACUUGUGGUAUCGCAGUUAAAACACGUCGACGCACGUGCGGCAACCCAAAGCCAGCGCAUGGCGGACGCACUUGUGUCGGUGAUGAUCAUCAAGAAAUGUAUUGCCGCCAUUUGCCACCUUGUCCCACGCCCAAGCUGCAAGCCAUCGACGGCGGCUGGGGUCCAUGGGGCGUGUGGAGCGAAUGCAGCACACAAUGCGGUGGCGGUUUUCGCAUACGGCGCCGUGAAUGCAACGAUCCGGUGCCACAGAACGAUGGACAGGAGUGUCCUGGCUGUGCUAUCGACUACGAAGUCUGCAAUGUGCAUGCCUGCCCCGAAGUGAAGAGGUUAAGUUCGUGGACACCUUGGUUGGUGGAAUACAAUGACAGCCGCAAAAGCACCGAAACAAGUGGCACAUUUGUGGAGCGCCGCUUUAGGUACGCCUGUCGUGGCAGCAGCACAGAUGUGAAUAGUUUGCGCAUAACAUUGGCUAAGGAAGAGACGCGCACUUGUCAUGCGGACGGUAGUUGUCAGCGUCAUCAUGAAGUUUAUGGCGCAACUGUAGCGUCAGCGGGCAGCUCGUCUGCAGUAUCCGAAGAACGUGAAGAGCAUAGUGAAUGGGGUCCUUGCAGCGCCAGCUGUGGCGGUGGCAUGCAAUAUCGUUUACGCGAUGGCCCCGGCAGUGGCAAGCAUCGUGGACGUCAUGCCACACAGGCACGCGUCUGCAAUAUACAAGCCUGUGAAGAGGCGGCGGUGGUGCCAGCGACGAACCUCAAUGAAGUGGUGCAGACACAUGAAUGGAGUUGCUGGACGGAUUGGUCACCUUGUUCGGUUACAUGCGGCAUGGGUUUGAGGCGACGCACUCGCCGCUGCUUAGGCGGACACGAUAAACUAUGCAACGGCAAAGCGAUCGAGGAGGAAAAGUGCGCCAUGGCACCUUGUACCGACUUUAUUGGCUGGAGCACGUGGAGUCCUUGGUCGGAAUGCUCCAGUGAGGGCAUACGCAUCAGACAUCGUAAGUGUAUGGUGGAUGUACCAACAGGGGCCGAGUGCCGUGGUGCGGAAUUCGAGAAGACCGCUUGUGUGCCGAGCGAAUAUGAAGCCUUACGCCUUAGCUCCAGCGCCUCCUGGCCCUGGAUCAUAUUACUCUGUUCCAUAAUCUACGUCAUCACUAUAAUCGCUACAUUCUAUCUGACUAAACGUUUCAUAAAACCCGUCGAUUUGGCGUUGAAUAAGAAUAACACGCCGGCAGCGCCUAGCUAUGACUCCUAUGCCAAUCAGUAUUCCAGCCUACCCACAAAAGAUUCUCUAAAUUUGCAGAUCUACGAGGUGCGCCCGAAAGUGAAGCGACAGUCCAGUUUCAAUAUGUGCUCACCAUCGCCGUCGAAGAGCUGCAACACGGGCACGCUGACGCGCAACAAUAUGGCGCACAAUCACACGCCCAAAGUACUGGCGAAGACCUACAAUGACUGCGAGACGGGCACGCUUAAGCGGAACUCGCAUCAGCUGAAUAACUAUCGCUCGAAUAUCGACGACGAGAAGUUCUAGUGGUGACAAGUGGAACUUGCGCGCCAAAUCGCGCGGAGAGCGUGAAGAAGCAGCAGCUGCAAAUACAUAUGCGCGCUGUUGCCUAGUGAGCGCUGUGGACUCCGGAGUCUGGUAAGCUUGUGUGCCUUUCAUUUAUUAAGUAAACUCGUACCUUUGGUCGCUCAAAUGUGCUCUACGCUCCCUGGCAGCUAAUAAAGACGCGUCUUAAGCUACACAUGCAUUUGUAUGUGCUUUAAUUGUAUAACUAAAGUAGUUCUUGUGAACAUGAGACUCAUCGUGGAACAUUGCAUAGUAUCAUUUUGUGUGCCAUCAGAGCGCUAAGUCUGCCACAAAACAGUAAAGGAUAGUAAUUUAAUACAAAAAAUAAAAAAGUAGUAAUUCAAGUAGCAUAUUCAACUCGAAUAUGUUGAUUAGAACAUUGAUCUACAGUAAAGUAAUAUAUUUUUUUACAAUUGUUGUUGUAAGUGCUUUGCUAAAUUCAAUUUCGUGCAGUGAAGUGCAUUUAGCGGUUAAGCCAGUAUUGACUCAUAUUGAGUGCCUAUAUUUUUAUAAUUAGCAUAUAAUUAAUUAUGUGUAUGUAUUUAUCAAGUAGUUAAGCUGUCAGUUUUAAGUACGUUCAAUUUAACUGUUUCUUGCAACGCAACGAAAUUGUCGAGGAAACAAUUUUAGCUGCCAAUUUCGAACUUUUUUUUUAGUACAAAAUAUUUUCAAUAACUAUAUAUUUAUGAAUGCCUAAUUUAUUUAUGAUUUUAUACACUUUAUAAUUUAUUUCACUUUCAGGUUUAAAGCCUAGUUUUCAAUUAAUAAUUGUUUUUUGUUUUUUUUUUUUAUUUAUUACUCAUCGUUUUCACGUGAUUUAUAAAAGUUUUGUCUUUUAAUUUUCUAAAAAUUUGUUAAAACUCGCUUGUUCUUUCUAUUAUUUUUUGGACUAAAUUUUUAACGCUCAAUUUAUAACCAAAUUAAUAAAUUUCUUUAAAAAAAUUGUGCUAAUUAAAUUUUAGUUAAUAUGCAAAAUUUAAACCGCAACUCUUCAACCCUAAUUUUCUUUUAAAUACAUACUUUAUUUUUCAUGUUCAGCAAAUUAUAGUAAAUGUUUGUACGUCAAAAAUUAUGUUAAUGGAUCAAAGCAGCUGAAAUUGUUGACUAAAUUUAAGUAUAAUCUAUAUUAUAGUUAUUUUAUUUAAAAAAUGUGUAAAUAAAUGUAUUAUCAAAUAAUUUGUUUAAUUAAUUUAGUUUAAGUUGAAUAAAAAAAAUAUACAUACAAUAAAAAUAUUUUAAUGUCACUAACAGAAA